GAGAUAUUUCACUGAAUUUGACUUGCAAGAUUUGCAGAAGCAAGACCACCCACUGGUGUACACACCCCAGCUUCAAUCACACAGAGGGUGGGAGAGAGACAGAGAUAAGGGGAAAGGAGUGAGCAGAAAGAGGAAGGAUAAAGUUUCAUAUCAGUGUUUCUCUUUUGGGUUUAUCACAUAAUAAUGCGCUUGGAGGAACAUUACUGCCUUGGGCUGGCUGUUACUGGACAAUGACGGGAGCUUUUCUCAGCAUCAUGAGGGCUAAUCGAUGCUGGACCAUCCUCCAUGUGUCCAUCUUGGUUGGGCUGCUCCUCACCUUAAAUGCUCAGAGUGACUCUGACUGUUCUACAGAAAUUAGAGUACGUCGCAACACAGUUUAUAAUGCAUCAGCUGGACAACAACUUUGGAUUAAUUGCCCAGUAUUUUUUUGCAAUGAUUCACCACCAACAGUCACCUGGUAUAAAGUUGAGGAAGCUAAUGUCCCCAUCAAUGUCAGCGGAGACAGUCACAUUAAAACAGAGUGGAAACCUUUAAACAAGUCAGCAGGGAUCUUCUAUUUGAUGUUCCAGAACAUUCUCAGACAUGACUCUGGUCAGUAUCAGUGUCAAAGUGGAGGGAAUAUGGGUCAUGCCAUCACUGUCAAUGUCUAUGAUCAUGCUGAAAUUACCACUAUUACACAGAAUAAUGUCAGAGGUAAGAAAGGUUUUAUAUAA